GAGAAGACAUAAGAAGAUCCUACGAGUUAGAGAGAACGCAGAAUACUUCGUAUAAUAGUUAAAUCGAGCUAUGGCAAUCUUGGCUCUUCGGGUCGUGGCGACGGCGAUCUUGAUGAGCAUGGUGGUGGCGGCGGCGGCAGCACAGCUGCAGGUGCAUUUCUAUAAGGACUCGUGUCCUCAAGCUGAGCUGGUGGUGAAGGGGAUAAUGCAGCAGCGCUUCAGCGCUGACCCGUCUAUUCCCGCCGGUUUGCUUCGUAUGCAUUUUCACGACUGCUUCAUCCGUGGUUGCGAUGGCUCGGUCCUCAUAGACAGUAAUGGCAACAGGGUGGCCGAAAAAGAUGCACCUCCUAUUGACCUAAGGGGGUUUGAGGUCAUCGACGAGAUAAAAGCCGAGCUAGAGAAGCAGUGCAAGGGGAUCGUUUCUUGUGCGGAUAUAUUGGCCCUAGCCACCCGAGACGGCGUUGCCCUAACCGGAGGGUCGGCCUAUGCUCUUCCCACCGGACGAAGGGACGGGACGGUCUCGAACAUCAGCGACGUUCAUAUUCCUGGACCAUCCUUUUCCGUUGCUGCGGCAGCUAGUGCCAUGCAAACUAUCAACCUCUCCCUAGAAGAUCUUGUCACUUUAUUAGGGGCACAUGCGAUGGGAUUUUGCCAGUGCGGUUUCUUUGUGGACCGGCUCUACAACUUCUUAGGUUCGGGUCAAGCCGACCCGAAUAUCGACCCACAAUUCCUGGGCGUCCUGAGGCAAAAAUGUCCGCGACCCGACCCCAGUGUCCCGUUCAAUCUCAGUACCGACCCCAAGAUCUUCAUGACGCCAUCGUCCAGCACACCUUUCAAGCUCGACACUUCGUUCUAUCGAGGGGUCCUCAAUGAACAGGCAACUCUUCAGUUGGAUCAAGAGCUGGCGUUCACCGACCUCACGCGCCGGAUGGCGGCGGACUACAUCAGCCAACCCAACGCGUUCCGGCGGAAAUUCGCCAAGGCAAUGAUCAAGCUGGGGAAUGUGAAUGUUUUGACUGGACGGCAGGGAGAGAUUAGAGCAAACUGUAGGAAAUUCAAUCAACCAAGUCAUUGACUAAAUUGUUCUAUUAUUUGGAAAAUGAUAGUGUUUGUGAAUGCUUUCUGUUCAAAGACGCGAA